AAUAUUUAACUGUUAUUUGUGUACUGCAGCAUUUGGCCGCAAAACAAAUAUAAAUUGCAAAUGUCGAACACGAGUUUGCCAACGCAAAACAGGAAAAUGUCAUUUUACGUAGGCAAUGUUCUGUCGUCAUGGAAUAAACUGAAACAGAAAGGCUGUUCUAUGUGAUAAUUAAAUAUAUUUUGAAGUGCUUGACUUAAUAAAAAGUCUGGUUUGAUAUUCAAACAUUAAUCUUUCUAAUUUUGUUUAAAAUUUUAACAUGUGAUAAAAAGUGUAUGAUUGUCAUUUUGUUUCGAAAUAAACUUUUUUGAAUUUUCAGAUGAGAAAAGAAGUUGUUUUAACAUUAACUUACCUCUACGGAAAUAUCAGGCACACUUGGAAAGAAUUGCAGAUUUUUUGCUCUAUGGUAAUGGUGUUUGGUGGCAUAGAGAAAAUGAUAUUAUCAUAUUUCAUGAUGGAAAAGAGGAUGAUGAUUUCAGAGUUGAAGGGCCUUUGAUGACAAAUUUCAAACAAGACAACCUGCAAUCAGUAGCAAAAGAUGUAGAAGCUUGUUGGAAGAAAUGCGUUGAUCGUGGUAUUGAAUUGCCAAUCACAAAGAUAAAUACUUUCGACGAAAAUGGAGAUUUAAUAGAAUGCAAGGCACUUGAAGAAACUGGCGUUACAAAUCCAAAAGCAAACAUAACAAGUAAUAUCAAACUGAUGGCUGAUGAUGAUAAUGCAGAAUAUGAUAAUGCGUAUAUAUCACAUGAUAAUAAUGAAGAGAUAGAAAUGGAGAUAGAUAUCACAUUAGAACAGCAACCUUCCUUAUUGGAUUUAGAAGUUGACCAAGCUGUUCAUUUUGAGAAAGAAACAUCAAACACAAUUACAUUGGAACAACAACCUUGCAUAGCUGACUCAGUUACUAAUCCUAAAAAAACUGCAGAAAAUAGUAAGUUGGAAAAGAUCUGUAGAGACAGACAGACGAAAGCUGACCAAAACCCAAUUCUUGAAUCAGGUGUAUGCAAGAACAUAAUGUAUGUUCUUGGCUAUUCAGAUAAAUUGAAGGACUUCGACCGUCAUCAUAUGUCAUAUAAGCUGACUAAAAGUGAACAUUCAAGAAAAAAAUGUAGAGCAUUUAUCAUUCAUUUUCGUGAAAAAGUGAUGGCUGUUCAGCAUGAAGCAGAAAAAGCUACGAAAGAUUGGGAAAAAGACUUCAUAGCAAAAAAUUUUAAGAUGCCGAAUACAGAAGAGCUUAAAUCAAAUAAAAUUUACAUGGAGAAAUAUAAAUUAAAUUACCACGCCAAAAAAAUUCUUGAACAAUGGACAAAUAUUUAGUUUUUCAGCAAAAGGAUCAAUAUGCGCUUUUAAAUUUUAAGAAGCAUAUUUUUCAACAAAUUAGCCAGAGCUAGCUAAAAUAAAAACAUUUGAUAUAUAUAUAUAUACAAAACUUUUUUUCUGAUACGUUUCGUAUGGGAAAUGUAUUUUUAUAUUAUUGUGGAUCAUCAUUUUGCACAAACGAAAAAACAAGAACAACACGAGAAGGAAAUUAAUACCUUUAAAAAGAUAUCAAAGUAUUUGUUGUUGCUUUGACGGGCUUAAUACGCAAUAAUCUUGUAUUGUGCAAAACUUAGAAGAAAUAGCUAGCUAGCUAACAGUCUUAAAAAGGUCCAUUUUUACAAUCCAUUAUGUGGGUUAUAUAUCUGCACCCUAAAUCAAGAGAAUACUAGCUAAACUGCUUUUCUAAUUAAGCUACUCUUUCGUACAGAGGUAGGAUUUGCACCCACAACUAUUUAGCUAAGUAAUCUGCAGUGAUCUAAGAACUACAUAAACAGUUUAAUUUCUUGACUAACUGUUUUUAUAUUGUAUAUAUCUAUCUAUGUAUAUAUCUAUGUAUAUAACAGCCAGAAAGGCUAUGUAUAGCUCUGACAGUUACAAAGUUUAGGUAAACACUUCCAGAAAUAUAUAGCUAGCUUUUGCUAUAGCUACUAUAUAUAUAAUUUUGACAGGUAGCUAUAGGCAAAUAGAAUAUAGAAAAUUUCAAAUAUAUAGAAUAAAUAAUAUUACAAACCUUGUUUUUACUGCGUGAUCACAAAUACCUUAACAGCCAAAUGUAUGGUACAACCAACCAUUUCUGUCAACACAAAAACACAAAAAUGGCGGCACCUUCUUGUCUUCUUCACAAACUUGAAACGACAAAAA